AUGCGUCCGAUGAAGGAGCUGAAGACGCUGAAGUUGCAGCUUGAGAGGCUGAAGGGGCUGAAGAUGCUGAAGAGGGAGUUUGAGAGGCUGAAGGAGCUGAAGAGGUUGAAGGAGCUGAAGACGCUGAAGAGGGAGUGUGAGAGGCUGAAGGAGCUGAAGACGCUGAAGUUGGAGCUUGAGAGGCCGAAGGAGCUGAAGACGCUGAAGAGGGAGUUUGAGAGGCUGAAGGAGCUGAAGACGCUGAAGUUGGAGUGUGAGAGGCUGAAGGAGCUGAAGAUGCUGAAGAGGGAGUGUGAGAGGCUGAAGGGGCUGAAGAGGGAGUGUGAAAGGUGGAGGUGGUCUUGGAAGGGAUACCCACAGUUGGAGCAGUGA